GAAAACACCUCAAUAUUGAAUCAAUUAGCAACACUAAAUGUAGUAUCUAAUUUAGGAUUUGUGUUAGGGCCUAUUUUGGCUGGUUACAUAUACCAGCUAUACAAUGACUUUAUUUAUGUGCUAUACAUUGCAUGUUCAGGAUAUUUUAUCAAUUGUGCAUUAGCUCUUUAUUUAUACAGUGGCUCUGUGAGUUCUUUCAGUCCUGCCAUUCAUUCCUUCCACAUCAAUCUUUAUAGCCUACUGGAGACAUUUAAAAGCUUGAUAAAGUUAACGAGCCAAAUAUACCGAAACCUGUUACCCAACCUGAGUUUCAAUACCAGUUUCAGGAGUCUCAUGACCGUUCGUUUAGCUCUCGUGUCAGCCGUAUUGGUCUUUAGGCACGACUUGUACAGACAACUAGAUAUAUCCGAUUUUUCGCGCUUCGAGAUAGGUCUGAUAUUUUCCGCGUCGUCGGCCUUUUCCACACUAGCCUCCUUACUGGCCGUUCUUUUGACGAGCCAGAUCAUGGGUGAUUAUCUCGUUUUAGGACGAAAUUCGAUAAAAUUCUCAACCCAAUCCAUUUACAAAAUCACCGCCUCGGCUUACACCAUAUCGAUGUUAUAUACCUCUUUCUGGUUUCUGGCCCCGUCGUUCGAUUUACCGGAAAAAAUACCCUUAGGAUACGUCCAAUUUUUAUGGUCAUCAUUCAAUUACCCGCUUAUUUGGAAGGCGUGCAUCGUUACGGGCAUAUUGGCGAAUAGUUUGUGCAAUUCUUGGUGCCGUACCCUGCUAGACGAGAUGAGUAUAAGAUACGUGAAUCAGCACCAGAAAAAGUGUCCGAAAGAAAAUUCGAAUUCGCAAAUGGAUAUGGGAGAACUUAUAGGCAUAGGUCAAAGUGUAUCCUCUUUGUCGAGGGUUUUAUCACCUUUUAUUGCCGGAAGUGCACAGUCUUUGAUCUCCUUCCAUUCCCCGCUGUACAUUGGUGGGCUUUUAGCCAUGUUAGGAACUUACACGUUGAUCAAGGAAUUCUAGAAUAAAAAAAUAUGGAAUCUUAUUUAUUUUAAAAAAAAAUGUUAUUUGUAAUAGUCAUUGUUCGAUGUGUUUGUGAUACCCUUAAUAUU